CACUCUGAAACACUCGACGCAACACGUUGCGUGCAAUGUCGGUGUUUAAGUUGUUACGUGCAAUGUCGGCGUUUAAGUUGUUGCAUGCAUUCGGCGUUGCGAUUUUUUCACUGACAAUAGUUUGUAGUCAGCAAUCCAAGCCAGAUGCGUUUCAGGCGACUCUGGGCCACAUUAGACCUCAAGCUUCUCCAGAAGUCCAAGCAAAGGCGGCUGAAGGUGUCGCUGAGAGGCUACUAGGCGUAGAACGAGCCAAAUUAUUCGUUAUGAUCGUAGAUCCCGAUCUAGGACCUGUUGGAAAGGAUACUUUCGCGAUAAGGAAAACCAGCCACGAUAGAAUUGAGAUCCGUGGCACCUCCGGUGUGACAGUUGCAUGGGGCUUGCACUACUACCUGAAGAAUUACUGCAACGUACACGUGUCGUGGGAGGGCAGUCAACUAGAGCUUCCAAAUACAUUACCAGACGUUCGCGUGAACGUCACUUCGAACGACAGAUUCAGGUACUACCAAAACGUGUGCACCGUGGGCUACAGUUCCGCAUGGUGGCAGUGGGACCAAUGGGAGAAGAACAUCGACUGGAUGGCCCUUAAUGGAAUCAAUUUGGCGCUCGCGUUUAAUGGCCAGGAGGCUAUCUGGGAAAGGGUGUACCUAGAGAUGAAUCUAACCCGAGAUGAAAUGAAUGAGCACUUCGGGGGGCCUGCUUUUUUACCUUGGGCUAGAAUGGGCAACAUUCGAGGAUGGGGUGGGCCUUUAAGUUCCUCCUGGCAUGAGAAGUCGCUUCGUUUGCAGCAUCAAAUCCUUCGAAGGAUGAGGGACCUUGGUAUCAUCCCUGUCCUGCCUGCGUUCGCAGGUCACGUGCCAAGAGCGUUCGCCAGACUAUUUCCAAAGUCAAACAUGACCAAAGGAGGCUCUUGGAACCAAUUCACAGACAAGUAUUGCUGCCCUUACUUCCUGGAACCUACGGAUCCAUUGUUUCAUGUGGUUGGAGAGAAAUUUUUGAAAACGUACAUCGAGGAGUUUGGAACAGAUCAUGUCUACAAUUGCGACACUUUCAAUGAGAAUGAGCCGUACACCAGCGAGUUGAAGUUCCUGAGGAACGUGGGACAUUCAGUUUUCUCAGCCAUGAACAACGUUGACCCGAAAGCGAUAUGGUUAAUGCAAGGUUGGUUAUUCGUCCACGACUUCGCAUUCUGGACCCAGCCUAGGGUUCAAGCCUUUUUAUCAUCAGUACCAAUCGGAAGAAUGAUAAUCUUGGACCUCCAAUCUGAACAGUUUCCGCAGUACAACAGAUUGAAGUCCUACUAUGGCCAACCAUUUAUUUGGUGCAUGCUGCACAACUUUGGCGGAACGUUGGGAAUGUUUGGUUCCGCAAAAAUUAUAAACAAUCGAGUUCUUGAAGCAAGAAACGCGAAUGGUAGCACGAUGAUCGGUACUGGCCUAACGCCUGAAGGCAUUAAUCAGAACUACGUCGUCUAUGAUUUGAUGAAUGAGAUGGCCUAUCGUCGAAAACCUGUCAACUUAGAUAACUGGUUCGAAAAUUACGCCAGUCGAAGAUACGGAGCGUGGAACGAAUACUCGUCUACUGCUUGGAAGGCUCUAGGAAGAACAGUGUACAACUUUGCUGGCACAGCAAAAGUGAGAGGUCGUUAUGUUGUCACUCGACGUCCAAGUUUAAAUCUGAAGCCAUGGGCUUGGUACAAACGCAACUCGUUUUUCGAAGCAUGGAACGUGCUUCUUCGAGCAAGGUAUGGAAGAGGCAACAGUUCCCUCUACCAACAUGAUGUGGUCGACGUGACGAGACAAGCUCUUCAGCUGAAAGCAGAUGAUAUUUACUUAGAUUUGAUGGAAUCCUUUAAUAGGAAGAACGUCACCGCAUUCAAUUUACACGCUAAAUUAUUUCUGGAACUCUUCGAUGACAUGGAAACGAUACUGGCUUCUGGAAGAGCUUUCCUGUUGGGCACUUGGCUGGAGGAAGCAAAGAGCCUGUCAACCAACAACGCAGAAAAACUGUUGUACGAAUACAACGCCAGAAAUCAGAUUACUUUGUGGGGACCUAGGGGGGAAAUUAGGGAUUAUGCGAACAAACAAUGGUCCGGUGUCGUCGUAGAUUAUUUCAAGCCUCGUUGGCAAAUUUUUAUCGAAGCUCUCGAACUUUCCCUCGUUCAGAAGACAAGACUGAACGGCACGAAGAUCAACGAGAGGAUAUUCAAUCAAGUCGAGAAACCAUUUAUUGUCUCCCAAAAAGUCUACGCGACGGAAGCAAAAGGGAAUUCCAUUGACAUAGCUAUGAAAAUUCUAUCAAAGUGGCAUAACUCAUCGACAUACGAAGGACUAUCGUCUAGGGUUAGGAAGAAUCAAAAUAGGACAGGAAGGAAAAGGCAGUAAUCAAUUUGUAACUAAUUUAUAACAUUUUAUUACAAAAAUAAAUGAAAUGCAGGACAAGUAAACUUUGUAAAGGUCAUUAUUAUUCAUAAAAGGACAUUCUACCUGCGGAUAAAAUCACAGAAUGAAAUAUUAAUAUUAUUAUUACAAUAUUCGACACUCGAAAUAGAAGUACAGCAGAUAGAAAUCAUAACUUAACCUACGGAGACUGUAAAAAGAAAACAUGAUUAACGAUCUGAUGUCUAGACAUAAGAAUUUUCAGCACCGUACAGUGCCUAGACAAAUUUUCUACGCAUUGAGGGAAACCAUUAAUUUUCUGUGUUCGUGUGGAUAAAUUAAAUAAUGGAAACUGUUACCGAAAUUGAUUGUCAAAAGAUGAAUGCACAAUUCGCUCAUUCAGCCAGGCGCAAAUUCUCUAUGCGUGACUACUACCAUCAGGUGACUGUUCGUCUCUGGAAUUUGAAAUAGAAGUAACUGACCGUGUGUCAGUAAUAUAGAAUCAUUCACGUCUAUUUGAAGAAUAAGAUACUCUCUAUUAGAGUAUUUUUUACUUCAUUUUUAAUCGAAACUGACCAUGUGUCAGUAAUACAGUGAACGCACGUGAAGUAUCUGCGUCCGGCAUCAUGGCUGGUUGCAUUCACUUAGGGGCAAACUCCUGGCACACAACUCUAUAAAAAGUUUAUCAAUUGGGAAAUAAUUGAAGUUGCAAUAUGAACACAUAUUGUAGGGAGAAAGAUCAAAGAAUUUAAAAUGGUUUUGGGUCAGACAUUUUAAUCUAUCUUCGCAAGACCUUCGACAUAGUAAAAAUUACUCGAUUCUAUCACCAAUCUCUACUAUUAUACAUACAAUUUAACCAUGAGAGUGAUCUUUCUUCGUACAAUAUGAAUUCCGUGAAUUCUGUUUUAUUAAUAUAUGCUAAGAAACAUAGUAGACAUCUAAUACAAGGUACAAAAUAUUUGGUGUAUUUUGUAAUAUUUACAGUAAGUAGACUGCGAAUGUUUAUGCAAAUUCAAAUUUUUAAAGAUUCAGAUGAAGUAUUGAAAUUCAAAUGAAAGUAUGUUGUAUCUUUUAAACAAUCUGACAUGUAUUUAAAUCUUGAUAUUUUAUAUAUAUUUUUCCUUUCGUAUUGCAUCUAUAAAAAGUCUAACAUUGAUAUUUUAACAUAUAUAUAUUUUUUUGCAUUUAUGCCCAUCCCCGCACAUUUUUCCAUACUUUCACUUAUCAUAAAUGCAUAAACAUCAGGAGCCUAGUAAUCAGUGAGAAACACCUACAGGGUACAGUAGAGAGAGCGAUUUCGCUUCAUGUUCUAAUUCAGCUAUGACUUUCUUUUGAGUACGUCCCAUAAGAAUAUCACAAAUACAAUUUAAUCAUCGCAAUAACACAUAUACCCGUAAAAAUGUAUCGAAGAAGACCAAUCGAUGCAAAGGACACCCGUUUCUAAUGUCAUGAAGGAAAUUCUUAUCGCAUCAAAGUAAUACUUGUUCGUGGGAACGUUUUCAAUUGUAUGACUUUCAUAAAAUUACCAAGUGACUAGUAUGUCUAAUGCUUGUACAUUAUGUUUAUAUUAUUUAAAAAUGAUGAAAUAUAUACCUGAAAAUGUUCGUACACCUUCAAUGAGAUAUUGAAGGUUCUCACGAAUGAAUGACCAUUACUUUGAAGCUUCGAAUUAUCAUUGAAGUAUACAAUAAAUUAUGCAUCGAGUUCGUGAGGUCUUCAGGAGAUAUGAUCAUCGAGAGUAUCCGGUCGUGAGGUUCCGAAGAUAUCGGAAAAAUUGAAUACGGUUUUCAUGGUCCCCCGGAUUUAAGUAAGGUCCAACGAAAUAACGAAUCUGACAUUUGGUUACGCAUAUUUGGUCGCGUGCUUAGUACUAUGUAAAAUAGCACUUAACUAUUUACAUUUCACGUAAUCCAGAAGUCACGUGGAUCAGAGAUUACAAUUUCUAUGUACUGGGCCUAGAAAAAAUUUUGAUAAAAAUAAAACAUUUAUAUAUUGAAAAUUAUUUCAAUCCUUACCGUUGCGAUUCGAAACGAGAUGAAAUAUACAAUCAAUGCAUCGCAAACAUAACAUACAAACUGCUUAUAGAAAAUAUGUUUUCGAAGUUGUAGUGUACAUUAAAAUGAAUCUGUUAUAUUAAUAAAAACAACAUAGAAAUUGAACGGUAAAUAUUAAAAUGGACAUAAAACAAAAUUUUUUCUAGACAGAUAUGUAAAUGAAACUUAAGUCUAGCCGAAGGUAUGAGAAAUAUUCUCAUUGAAUGGAAAAGUGCGAAACGAUGCUUAAUUACACCACACAACCAAUAAAAACCAUCGAAAACAUUCGUUCCUGUAGCGCGAUAUACAAGAGAACCGAUAUAUAAACGAGGUCGUUGUUUCACAGGCUAACCCAUCAAUCUUCAUACAAAAUACAACUACGGUGCAUACAAAAUUCGGUUAAUUCUAGUAGAAUGAGUACAGAAAUAAAUGUCCCUUAUACAACUAGCACCACUAAUGUACCAUGGUAAAAUACUUGCGUCUUUAACACUUACAGUAUGUGGAUUGAAAGAAUGUCAUGUGUGCUUGUGCUACAAAAUUAGUAAGGCUAGAAGUAGAAUUGACAGUAAUUUCUGGAUCCAUUGUUUGUUCCCAAUAAUAAACUCCACCUGUAGAUGUUAUGUCAUGAUAAAAUUCGUAGGUAAAACGUCCUUGCAAAUAACAUCGAACGAUUACCGCGAAUCCCAGUUAAUUCAUUCAACCUUGACUCCGAUCUAUUUUCAUCCAACUAAAAAUUUAUCAUCAAGAGUACACACAACAGAUAUCGCACUUAAAAUUCUGUCAAAUUACGAACCUAAAAUAUUCACUGCAGGAUUUCUGAUUAAUUAGUGAUUAUUUUCUGUACAAACUUGGUCUACAAGA